AUGCACUUACGUAUAGAUAUUACUCCAGAUUUGAAUUCUAGAUCCGCUACAAACUCUUUCAUGGCAGAGGAAUAUUCCAAGCUCACUCAUUGCUACUAA